AUGCAGGCAAAAGUCCUCAGGCACAUAACUUCACUAAAGAGUGGAGCGAAACCUCUGAGAUCGCUCGCGCCCUACCUAGAAAGAGCAUCGAAGAGGAUGAAGAAGUGGGCUGAUAAGAAGCGGAGGGCCCUUGAGUUUCAAGCUGGGGACAAGGUCCUGAUCAAGCUACGACCGGAAAAGUUUCGUUUCCGAGGCCAGAGAGACCAACGGCUAGUAAGGAAAUAUGAAGGUCCAGUGGAGGUAAUUGAGAAGGUCGGGAGAACCUCAUACAGGGUUCAGUUACCCUCAUGGAUGAAGAUUCAUCCUGUCAUCCAUGUGAGUAUCCUGAAGCCCUAUCAUUCCGAUCCCGAGGACGAACAGCGAAACAUGCUAAGGCGCCCACCGGUCACGAUGAAGAGUUCUGCUGAGAAAGAAGUUGCACAAAUCCUGGAUAAACGUGCGCGCCGUAUUGGAAGACCCAGACGUGAACUGACAGAGUUCUUAGUGAAAUGGAAGGAUCUCCCCGACGAAGAGAUCAGUUGA